AAGCCCUGCCUUGGUCGCUUCCCUUUCCCUGUUCCGCCAUUAAAGCCCCUCAGGUUGGUGUUUGGAAACAGGGAACCAGACGAAAAUGGUUUAAAGCGUCAAAGCAUACGGUCGAGGGACGGGGCUUGGGGGGGAGUUUUUUUUUUCUUUUUUUCUUUUUGCUCCGUGGUAUGUAUGGACCUUCUGCCAACUAAACGGCGCCCAAAGAAGUAAAUAUGCGCCUAGUGUGGGCCAAGUGAGAGAAACCUCAGUUUGGAUUGGAGUGGGUGUCUCUGCUCUGGGGACGGGGGGAAUCUCGGGAAAGAUCCGUUUGUUUAGGUUGCAGUCGGAAACUCGGAAGUGUAAACACAACAAACAAAAGUGUAUUGGAUCUGCCGAGCUGAGAGCCCCUCUGAACGGCAGGAAGCCUUCCUCAGCGGCGGUGCGACGAUGACUGAGCUGGUUGCCAAGUGGGCCUGUGAAUACUGCACAUACAAGAACUGGCCGUCAGCCAUCAAGUGCACCAUGUGCCGCGCUCAGAGGCCCAGCGGGAGUGCCAUCAUUACUGAGGAGCCCUUCAAGAGCAGCCCUGCUCUGGAUGCCAGUCUGCACCAGUGGGACCCAGCAGGCCUCAGCAACAGCCCAUCCCAGGGGGGCUCCAGCUUACUUAUUUGUCCAGACUCCAGUGCCCGACCUCGUGUUCGCAUUUCUGAUGUACCCGAGACUAGUAGCAAGUGGUCAUGUCACAUGUGCACCUAUCUGAACUGGCCUCGGGCUAUCCGUUGCACCCAGUGCCUGUGCCAGAGACAGCAGGCUCAGCAACAACAGCAUGGGCAACAUGCUGCCCAUCAAAGAUAUUUUACCCAGCACCCACACAGCCCCACAGAAUCACCCCAGACCUCAGGCUCUGGAUGCCGCCCUGCUCCCCCACCCUGCACUACAGACCCUUGUGAGGAAUAUAAUGAUCGUAACAGGCUCAACACUCAUGCACAGCACUGGACCUGCACUGCUUGCACUUAUGAGAACUGGGCCAAGGCACUUAAGUGUGUGGUGUGUGACCACCCCAAGCCAAAUAGUCUGCUAGCUGAACCCAUUCAACUAGCAUCAGAGCCUGAGAGCAAGCAACCUUCCUCAAAACUUAAUGAACAUGACAUGGACAACAGGAGGGGUGUCGCUGGGGACGUGGUUGGGCAAGGAGUAGGGAGUGUGGUAGGUGGCCUGGGGGGUUGCAGUAGCAGCCACAGGAGGUCUCCCCCGACCUCGAAACGGGAGUCAGAGGUGAACAUGGAUUUUCAGAGGAUUGAACUGGCGUCAGGAGCUGGGAUCGGGAGCAAAGAGGAGUUGGAGGUGGAUUUCAAAAAACUGAAGCAGAUUAAGAACAGGAUGAGAAGGACUGAUUGGCUGUUCCUCAAUGCCUGUGUUGGUGUAGUGGAGGGUGACCUGGCAGCUGUGGAGGCCUACAAGUCAUCAGGAGGUGACAUUGCACGGCAGCUAACAUCAGAUGAGGUGCGCCUAUUAAAUCGGCCCUCAGCCUUUGAUGACGGCUUCACGCUGGUUCACCUAGCCAUCCGCUUCCAGAGACAGGACAUGCUGGCUGUGUUACUCACAGAGGUGUCCCAGCAGGCAGCGAAAUGUAUUCCAGCGAUGGUGUGUCCUGAGCUAACAGAACACAUCCGCCGUGAGGUAGCAGCCUCUCUUCACCAGCACAAGGGAGACUUCACCUGCUAUUUCCUCACCGACUUAGUGACCUUCACACUGCCUGCAGACAUCGAGGACUUGCCCCAAGCAGUUCAGGAGAAACUGUUUGAUGAGGUGCUGGACCGGGAUGUACAAAAAGAACUUGAAGAGGAGUCUCCCAUCAUCAACUGGUCUCUGGAGCUUGGGACGAGGUUGGACAGCCGAUUGUAUGCACUGUGGAACCGCACGGCUGGGGACUGUCUGCUCGACUCUGUGCUGCAGGCUACAUGGGGCAUCUAUGACAAAGACUCAGUGCUUCGCAAGACCCUCCACGACAGCCUGCAUGACUGCUCUCACUGGUUUUACACACGCUGGAAGGAGUGGGAGUCGUGGUAUUCCCAGAGCUCUGGCCUGCACUUUUCACUUCGAGAGGAGCAGUGGCAGGAAGACUGGGCUUUCAUCCUCUCCUUGGCUAGUCAACCAGGAUCCAGCUUGGAGCAGACCCACAUUUUCGUUCUUGCACACAUUCUUCGUAGGCCUAUUAUCGUCUAUGGAGUGAAGUAUUACAAGAAUUUCCGUGGUGAAAUACUCGGGUACACUCGAUUUCAAGGAGUGUACCUGCCCCUUUUGUGGGAGCAGGGUUUUUGCUGGAAGAGCCCCAUCGCUCUGGGCUACACACGGGGCCACUUCUCAGCACUGGUGGCCAUGGAGAAUGAUGGCUUUGACAAUCGUGGCGCGGGCGCCAACCUCAACACAGACGACGAUGUGACAGUCACAUUCUUGCCGCUGGUCGACAGUGAGAGGAAGCUUCUUCAUAUUCACUUCCUCACAGCGCAGGAAAUGGGUAAUGAGGAGCAACAAGAGAAGCUGCUGCGGGAGUGGUUGGACUGCUGUGUGACAGAGGGCGGGGUUCUGGUGGCUCUUCAGAAAAGCUCCCGACGUCGCAAUCAUCCGCUUGUCACCCAGAUGGUUGAGAAAUGGUUAGACGGCUACCGGCAGAUCCGACCGUGCACCUCUUUAUCUGAUGGGGAAGAGGAGGAAGAGGAUGAAGAUGAGUGACAAAACUGAAAUGGGGGGGCAGGACUCCUCCCUCUCCUCAAUCUUUGUUUUGUUUUUUAUUUUCCUUUCCUGACACGGACAAACUGUGAACACCUUCAGGAGAGGACAGAGAAUUACAAGCCCCUACUCACCCACCACCACCGACAGAAGACACUGCUAUUCUUCUGGGAAACGCAGGCACUUGGACAUAAAACACACUCAACACUCAGACAAACCGGAGACCGACAAACUCCGUUGUUGCAAAACACAGACCUGGGGAGAAAAAAAAAAAGGUUUACAAAUGCAAAUGACCUUCUGGUUUGAGUUUCAAAUGUAAAGGAAAAUUGUUAUCCAUAGAUGUACAUGCAUGUGGUUGUUUUAAAAAAAAAGGUAUAAGGAAAUAUACCAGCAUUGAUUCAAUCACUUUAUAUCCGUUCAGUAUGGGCACUGACAAAAGCACACUUCAGAACUGAUCUUGAUGUUUUUUUCCAGUUGUAACAGAGUUGGUUUGUUUAGCAUUCUGUUUUUGAAUGGGCUGUGACAAAAGCCAAUAAAUAUAUUAUCUUUAGAAACCAGAGAUUGUGUAAUAAUAAAUUACUUUAAUCCUUAUUACUAAGCACUGAGCAUUUAAAAUAUUUCUAUAUAAAUACAGUAUCACUGCUUGAAUUAAGGUCAUAUAUGAAGCUCUUAAAGGGAGAUUUUCCCUUUACAACUCAUUAAGGUUUUAGCGCACACACUUUCAUGUUGGAUCUUUGGUUUACUUUAUUUCAGACAGAGUGAACAAGAACUAUGUGACUUUUCUUUUUCUGAACUUGGUCUACAUAUUUAUUGUUUGAAACUUAUUUGAGCUUAAGAUUAAGAUCUUUCUGUAUAUUUUUUCUCCUUUUGUGGUUUUGUUAAUUAUUCUCUCAAUCUUGAUGAAGACAUGUUGCACAGAAACACUGUUGCUAUGAGGAAAGAACCAACCGUGACCAUAAGUGAAAAGUUUACUUAUAUUGUUGUGUGCGAUUUAGUACCUCAUCUGGAUGACUAAAAUCUGGUGCUUUUGUGGCGGCGGAACGAGGGCAGCCAGGUGUGCCACUGAGACACUUUCAGUGUUGACAUAAACCCUGAGUCACACUUGUGUCAUUGUCUCCUGCUUUCUCUUUGUCUCUCUGUUCCUUUAUAGCAUCUGUUGUCAAGUCACCUUUGUGGUACACAUCAGUUCAUCUCCUCUGUAACGCCUGUUUGUUGUCAUUGUGUGAAACCUUUACAUUUUUGACUGUCUUUGUGAGAGACUACAACAUAUAAAACCAAAGCUGACCGGGGGGGGAUUAUUUUUUUUGUUGUGAAUGUUUGCAUUUUGUUUUAUCUUUCCAUUGCAUACUGUAACCUGUUUCAUUCAAGUCAUACAAGUUUUGAGCAUCACUUGUAUGUUGCUUUGUAUUUAUGCAAUAGUUACAGUUGUGACUAUGAUGGUUUGUGAAUUUAGACCUGACUUCACUAUACAGAGUGUAACGCAAAAAGCAAGCUAAAUAAGGAAAAUAAAUAAAUAAACAGAGGAAACCCUUUUUGAAUGUCCAACUAAACUGUUUCCUGCCUGAUAUUCUUGGUUA